AUGAAAAAAAUUAAUACUAGCAGACUAAACCAAUUAAAAGUUCGAUUAAAAUUAAUCAAAUAUGCGGUUUAUAAACAUUCUUUUGUAUCUCCUUUUAUUUCCUUACCUGCUGUUCAAGAAUUGAUUCGAAAUAUUUCAUAUUUUAAAACUCAUACCAAUGACAUUGAAAUUAAUCAAGUAUGUGAUAAGUUAUUAUCUCAAUUAAAUAUCAUUAGUAAACAAUUAAAGAAAGGUACAACGUCUUUAGAAUCUAAACAUAUUGAUAAAGUAGAUUCAGAAAAUAGUUCACAAGAAACAUUUUAUGAACCACCUCAAUUGAAUAUUAAUUUAAAUGAUGCCGAAACAUCAGAACUUAGUGAUAUUCAUUCAUCUGGUGAACAAGAAAUGGUGGACAAGGAUGCAGCUAAACUAGAACUAGUACAAUCAAACAAACAAAAAGACUAUUCCAUUUAUAAUCAAGCCAAGGCAAAGUAUGAAUUUAACAAGAAAUCGCGUUUCAAUUUCGCAAAAGCAAAUGUAUUACGUUUUCCCAAGCACAAAACUAAACGACAUACAAGUCAAUUAAAUGCAAAUAAAUUUCGGAGCUAUAUUAAUUAUAAUAAAAUUUCAUUCAAAAGAAAAUCACGAAAAAUCAUAAAACCGGCAAAAUCAGUGGUAGAAAAUAUACAAUGUACAAAUAACGAUAAUAGCCAUAAAAUUGGGGAAGAAUUAUCACAACCGGAGACGAAUAUUUCAAAAAAUGAUUAUGAAAAUGUUACACAGAAUAUUAAUUCUAAAAAAAUUCACAAUCAAAAUGAUGCAAUUCUAAAUGAUAAUUUUGCUAUAACAGAUAAAGCCAAACGAUCAAUAUUUAUAAAAAAAACCGACGAUGAUGAACAAAGUACAAAAACUCAAAAUAAUGCACAUGCAUUAUCAAUACAAAAAAUUUCUUUAAAACCAUCUGCACUAAAUCUUUUGGAAUCGACUCGGAAAUUUUCUCAACUAUCAACAAAUGAGUGCUCUCAAAAACUCGAGAACAUCAUUUCAACAUCAUCCGAACAAUGGCUAGCUAGUAAUUCGGAACCAAAUUCAUUUGAUUUGUUUACAACUUCUCAAAAUAAUGAAUCCAAUCUUACACAAUUUAAUAUUGAAUCAACCAAAAAUCGUAAUUCAACUGACGGAUUGUUAAUAAAAAAUAUUAAGAAUGGAAGGACUGUAUCACAACUACAGCAGAAACUAAGCACAGGGAAAAAAAGUAUUAGCGAUUGCGUAUCAUUAAAUGCUACCCAAUCGAGGCUGGAAGACAAUUACUUUUUAAAUACUUGUAACCCUUUUAAAUUUCCCUCAAACAUUAAUCAAUCACCUACUAUGAAAUCUGUUCAUAAAACAAACCCAUUUUUUUCGCCCUCACAAUUAAAACCAGCGAAACAAUCAACUUUUAAAGAGAAUCCAUUUAGUGAACAAUUGGUUAACGUGACAGAAAAUGUGAACUCGUUUUCAAAGUCACAUGUUUUUGCAUCAGAAUCACAAACAAUGAAUCAAACAAACUUAAAAAUACCCUUUUCAAUGCAGUGUGUUAGUGAGACACAGAAUUCCAAUCCGUUUUCUCAAUCACAAAUGUUAUCUCAAUUAAAACCUUUAAAUAAAUCAUCAAAAAUGAAAAUAAAACCAUCUUCUUUGCAAUCUGCUGUUAAUGCACAGAAUUCUAACUCAGGCAAUAAAUUCAAAAAUACAGAUGAAUCAUCUUCUGGGUUAUUUAUUGAUAAAACACAAGAUGUUUUUAAUAAUCACGUAUUUUCAUCUCAAUCACAAGUGUUUCCAAUACAACCAAAAGUAAAAUCCAAUAAGAAAUCAGCUACCGUACAAUCUAUGAAACAAACACUAGAUGGUAAAGAGAAAUCAUCUUCUCCAUUAAUUAUCAAUGAAACACAAAAUAUUUUUAAUAACAACCCAUUUUUAUCUCAAUCACAAGUGUUUCCGCUGCACUCUGGGGUAAACUAUAAUAAGAAUUCAGCUUCCGUGCAAUAUGUUAAAACACAAGAUGGUUUUAAUAAUAACAAUUUAUUUUUAUCUCAAUCACAAGAUUUAUCAUCCAAAGUCAACUCAGUGGUAGAACAACCAAAAACUAGAAAGAAACGUGUUACAAAAACGAAUAAUAAUAAUUUAAUUAAUAAAGAUAUUAUUCAACAAUCUAUCGAUGAUGUUAAAAAAGCGACAUUUAAUGCACAAUGUCGAAAAAAGCUUAUGUAA